CUGUUGGAUACCACGUCUGUGCUUGGAGAGCUGGGAUGGAAGACCUAUCCUAUCAAUGGGUGGGACGCCAUUACGGAGAUGGACGAGCAUAACCGUCCCAUCCACACUUUCCAGGUCUGCAAUGUGAUGGAACCGAACCAAAACAACUGGCUCCGCUCCAACUGGAUCCCACGUCAGGCCGCUCAGAAAAUCUACGUGGAACUACGAUUUACACUACGAGACUGCAACUCCAUCCCCUGGGUCUCUGGUACCUGCAAAGAAACAUUCAAUCUCUUCUACCAUGAGACCGAUGAAGUUCACAACAUCAAAUUCAAAUCCACGCAAUACACCAAAAUCGAUACUAUAGCUGCAGACGAGAGCUUCACCCAGAUGGAUUUGGGUGAUCGAAUUUUGAAAUUAAACACCGAGGUGCGUGAGGUGGGGCCUAUGACCAAAAAAGGCUUUUACUUGGCGUUCCAGGACAUAGGAGCGUGCAUCGCUUUGGUUUCAGUGAGGGUCUACUAUAAGAAAUGCCCGUUCACUUUGAGGAACUUGGCGUCAUUCCCGGACACAGUGCCUCGGGGGGACUCUUCUUCGCUGGUGGAGGUGAGAGGGGCGUGCAUAGACCACGCAGAAGAACGGGACACGCCCAAACUGUUCUGUGGAGCGGAUGGUGAUUGGCUGGUGCCGCUGGGGAGAUGCGUCUGCAGCGUUGGACAUGAGGAGAUAGAUGGAGCCUGUGUGGCGUGUCACCCGGGCUUCUUCAAGGCGUUCGCUGGAAACAUAAAGUGCUCCAAGUGUCCUCCUCACAGCUUCAGCUUCAGUGAGGGCUCAGCCGUGUGCCGCUGUGAGACGGGCUUCUACCGCGCAGACAAAGACCCGCCCACUAUGGCCUGCACGCGUCCUCCCUCUCCUCCUCGUAACCUGAUGUUUAACCUGAAUGACUCCUUUUUGUUACUGGAGUGGUCCCCUCCUAGUGACACCGGGGGUCGCCGAGACCUCACCUACAACGUCCAGUGUAAGCGCUGUGGACCGGAGCCGGACCAGUGCCACAUCUGCGAAGAGGAGCUGCGAUUCCUGCCCCGACCACUAGGGCUCACCAACGCCACUGUCACCGUCACCGACUUCUCCGCUCACGCCAACUACACCUUUGAGAUCGAGUCGCUCAACGGAGUGUCCGACUUGAGUUCGUUCCCUCGGCAAGUGGCUUUCAUCACCGUCAGCACAGACCAGGGAGGUCCAUCUGUGGUCGGUGCCAUGAAGAAGGACUGGGCCUCCCCAAACAGCAUCGCCCUCUCCUGGCAGCAGCCGGAACAGACGGCCCUGCCCAUUCUGGAGUACGAGGUCAAAUACUAUGAAAAGGACCAUGAGCAGAUGAGUUACUCCUCCACUCGCACCAGGGCUCCCAGUGUGAUUGUUUCUGGAUUGAAGCCUGCCACAUGGUAUGUCUUCAGUGUACGAACCAGGACAGUGGCCGGGUACAGCUCCUACUCCCCCAAAUACGAGUACGAGACAACGGGAGACUCUUCGGACUUGGCAGCCGACCAGGGGCAGGUGCUGGUCAUCGUCACGGCAGCUGUGGGAGGAUUUACUCUCCUCGUCAUCCUCACUCUGUUUCUGCUCAUCACUGGAAGGUGUCAGUGGUACAUUAAAGCCAAGAUGACCGCAGAGGACAAGAGGAGGGCCAGCUACCAGAAUGGCCUGGUGCCGUUCCCGGGGAUAAAGACCUACGUUGACCCUGACACGUAUGAGGACCCCACACAAGCCGUGCACGAGUUCACCAAGGAGAUCGACCCGUGUCGCAUCCGUAUUGAGAGAGUGAUCGGAGCAGGAGAGUUUGGGGAGGUGUGUAGCGGCAGACUCAGGACCCCGGGGAAGAAGGAGAUUGCCGUUGCCAUAAAGACUCUGAAAGGAGGAUAUGUGGAGCGACAGAGGCGGGACUUUCUGCGAGAAGCGUCAAUCAUGGGACAGUUUGACCACCCCAAUAUCAUCAGACUGGAGGGAGUUGUCACCAAAAGCCGUCCUGUGAUGAUAGUGGUGGAGUACAUGGAGAACGGCUCACUGGACUCUUUUCUAAGGCAACACGAUGGUCACUUCACGGUGAUCCAGCUGGUGGGCAUGCUGCGUGGGAUCGCCUCAGGGAUGAAGUACCUGUCGGACAUGGGCUAUGUGCACAGAGACCUGGCUGCUCGAAACAUUCUGGUCAACAGUAACCUGGUGUGUAAAGUGUCCGACUUCGGCCUGUCCAGAGUCUUAGAGGAUGACCCCGAGGCAGCCUACACCACUACGGGAGGAAAGAUCCCAAUCCGGUGGACAGCUCCAGAGGCAAUUGCAUACAGAAAGUUCUCGUCAGCCAGCGACACGUGGAGCUAUGGCAUUGUCAUGUGGGAAGUGAUGUCAUAUGGGGAGCGGCCAUAUUGGGAGAUGUCUAAUCAGGAUGUGAUUCUGUCCAUUGAAGAGGGCUACAGACUGCCGGCGCCCCUGGGCUGCCCUGUGGCUCUGCACCAGCUCAUGCUGCACUGCUGGCAGAAGGAGAGGAGUCAUCGGCCCAAAUUUGUCGACAUCGUAACAUUUUUGGAUAAACUCAUUCGCAAUCCCAGCAGCCUCCUGCCACUGGUAGAGGAUAUUCAAAGUCUUCCAGAGUCCCCAUGUCCGAGUGAAGAGAUGGACUACCCCAUGUUUAUCUCUGUGGGCGAGUGGCUGGACUCCAUCAAGAUGUCGCAAUACAAAAGUAACUUUAUGGCAGCAGGAUACAACACUCUGGACGCUGUGGCCAGGAUGAGCAUUGAAGAUGUGAGGCGUGUGGGGGUGGAGCUGAUUGGACACCAGCGACGAAUCAUCAGCAGUGCUCAGACUCUACACCUCCAACUGCUGCACGAACACGACAAGGGGUUCCAUGUAUGA